CGCAUGAACCCAACCACUUGGCCACGGGGCCGGCCCCUGGCUUUUUCCUUUAAUGAGACUCAUCAAACCUACUGGUCUAUGGUCAGUGGUUAGCUUAUGAGCUCCACAGAGUCAUCAUCUAAAAUUCUUGUUCACUGCUGAUCUUCCGGCACUUAGGAUGGUGUCUGAGCCAUAAAAGCUGCUCAGUAAGUAUUUGCUCAAGUGCCAAAUCUGCUGACCUAAAGAUAUGAAAUGUUGGCGCAGGACCAGAACUGAAUAUAUCUGCCUCCAUGGUGCUCUUGGUCUUGAGACACCACUCUUGUUUCCUCAGCACAGCACAGACUAAGGGAAUUGAGUAUUAGAAGGAACUUAAACAUUAUCUCAUCUGAGGACCCAUCUGAUGCCACAGAUGUUGCAGAAAAUCAAAGCAAGUGAUUGUCCAGUCUUACUUUGAACACCAGAAACUACCUCCGAAGGCCACCCAUUGCAUCCUGGACGGCUCUGACCAUCAGAUUUCCUAUUUGGAUCAGCUCUCUGGUCCAAACUGCUUUUUUAAAGAACCAAACUUCUUCCUCUGAUUAGUCUCUCAAGUGGGAACGUAACUAGCUUUAGAUAGAAAGACUUCAUUCAUUCAUCCAUCCCAAAAAUAUCAGUUGAGCGCUGCAUGUGUCUAGCAUGGGGACCAGCAACAGUGGGACAAACAGAGAUGUCCCAAAAGAUGCAGUCUGCCUGGGGAGAUAAAGAUGUUUACAGGAUCAAAUGAUUUCAGCCACAGAGUAACUGCCUAGGGAAAGGCAAGGCGGAAUAUGCUGCGAGCCAAAUGACAGGGCUGGAUGGAAAGUGAUCUAAGAGCUCGGAGCAGGUGAUAUGUUUGAGGGGUCUGAGAGCGUGGGGAGUCUAGGAAGGCUUCUUUUAGGAAGUGGGAUUUGAGCUGAGUUUGAUGAACAGGAAACAUGAGUCAGUGGCUAGACCAUUUUGACAAUCAGGCUCUGAGAGAGAACUCUUCCCAAGCAGGCAGGGAGGGGCUUAGUGAGGCUGGAGGAAGUUAGAGGGCUGCUGGAUAGGGUGAGAAUUAUUUCUCUUCCCUCAAGACUGUCAAUCAGUCACUCUGUCUCUAGCAGCCUCCAGAGAGCUCGUCUUCUUCACAGCCUUGGGGGCUGACUAAGUCAGCCUCCUGGGGCUCGGGGCUGCUGACAUGGGGGCCCUUCCAUGGCUGCUCUUCCUCUUGCUGAUCCAGGAAGACAAAGGGUACUCUGGAGAUGAUGUGGAUCCUGAGGAAGUGCUUGCGGUCCUUCAGGAGUCCAUUACUCUACCCCUGGAAAUACCAUCUGGUGAAGAGGUUGAGGACAUCAUCUGGUCCUCCCGCAUAAGGCUUGCCACUGUGGUGCCAGGGAAAGAGGGACAUCCAGACACCAUCACAGUGACCAACUCUCGCUACCAGGGCCGAGUGAGCUUCUUGGGCCCCAGCUACUCCCUGCACAUCAGCAAUGUGACCUGGGAGGACUCAGGGUCUUACGAAGCUCAAGUCAAUCUGAGGACAUCCCAGAUCUCCACCACGCAGCGUUACAAUCUACGUGUCUAUCGACGGCUGUCGGAGCCUCAAAUCACUGUGAACUUUGAGAUCUCUGGGGAAGGUCCCUGUAAUAUGUCCCUGACCUGCUCUGUAGAGAAGGCAGGGCUGGAUGUGACCUACAGCUGGAUAUCCCGGGAGGACGGUGCUGACACAGCUCGUGAAGGCUCUGUCUUCAGCACAUCCUGGAGGCCUAGGGACAAUGCCCUCUCCUAUACCUGUAGGGCCGGCAACCCCGUCAGCAACGUCAGUUCCCGUCUCAUCCCUGCUGGGCCCUUCUGUGCAGAUCCUGGCUACCCUUUGGAGAAGACCUCCACUUCCUUCUGCCUCCUGGCCAAGGGAUUGCUCCUUCUCUUGCUCUUGGUGAUUCUGGCCGUGGGACUCUGGUAUAUCCGAGUCCAGACGAGAUGCAAAACGCCAAGGAUGAAGACACUCAGGAGAAACAGAAUGAAACUGAGAAAGAAGGGGAAGCCUGAUCCCAGCUGGGCCUGAUUGCUCCACGGAGACCCCAGUUCAGAGCUUUGUUUCUUCCCAGCCCCCGGAGAAUCCUUCCUCUUCUCCCAGGGGGGCGAGGGGUGGAUGUCCAACGGGCCAUACUCCCAAGGGAAGAUUGUCUGACAAUAAACUAAAACAAAGUGACCACCA